AUGAACGCCAAAUUGUGGUUUGUGUGGUGCUUCUCCGUCCUAGCAGCGAUAUGUGGAGUUAACGCAGGAGGUCACGGUGGUCACCACGUGAAAAUAAUCAUCCCCGAGCACAUUCAUACGGUUAAACACACGCACACAGUGUACAAAACUAUUCACCACCAUAAGAAAAGCGAUGAUCACCACAGUCACGGAGGAGUUCCUUUCCAUUGGCACUGA